AGCCAGGGUAGUAGUGAGAGUAGUCGUGUUAGUUGUGGUAGUAACAGUUGUGUUGCUAGUCCGGCUAUCACGGCUCAUUCUGACAUUGAUCCAGUAAAGGGAGAGGAGAGGGCGGCCUUCUCUCUCAUGUAAUAAAAUAAGAACAACGGCAGAUAUUUAACUUUUUACCUCUGCAUCAAGCACUUUGAAGUGAUGUUAGCUGUCGUGUGACAUUGUCAAGCGUGGCAAUGUUGCAGAUUCUCAGGACCAGAUUUAAUAGAAGCUCGCUGGAAAGGCAGAUGAGCAACCUCGCUACCUAAAGCGGUUUUCUCCAUACUUUUAUUGGUCUGAACGAUAUUGCAGCAUGCAGAGGUGGACAAUACAUCUUGAAGGUGGUCCCAAACGGGUCAACCAUGCUGCAGUAGCAAUUUGUAACAGUUUCUGGGAGAGAAUCUUUUCUUUUGGUGGUUAUUGUUCCGGAGAAGACUAUGAGACAACACGGCCUAUGGACGUACAUGUCCUCGAUGUUGUCUCCUUACGUUGGAAGAGGCUACCUGUUCCGACGCCUGGUGAUAGCCAGUACAAGCAUGUUCCCUACCAACGUUACGGACACACAGCUGUUGCUCUUGGGGACUGUGUUUUCAUUUGGGGUGGCCGCAAUGAUAAAGAUGGAGCAUGUAAUAUCCUUUAUUGUUUUGAUACAAAUAUGUUCACAUGGUCACGUCCAACAGUUCACGGCGUAAAACCUGGUGCCAGAGACGGUCACUCUGCUUGUGUCAUAAAUAAUAAAAUGUACAUAUUUGGAGGUUAUGAAGAGGCGGUUGAUCGAUUUUCCAACCAAGUGCAAGCUUUGGACUUCGCUACAUAUACUUGGCAACAUAUAAAAAUAAAAGGCAUUCCAGCAAUAUGGAGAGAUUUCCACUCAGCUACAGCUAUUGGUAAUAUCAUGUAUGUGUUUGGUGGUCGGAGUGAUGUUUCCGGGGAGACAUUUUCUAAUCGAGAAAUCUACUGUAAUAAAAUCCAGAUGUUCGAUACAGUCACCAACACUUGGACCCAGACUAAAACUAGUGGAGUAGCCCCAAUUGGACGGCGAAGUCAUUCUGCUUUUGUUUACAAAGGUUAUUUAUAUGUAUUUGGUGGUUUCAAUGGAUUUCAUCAUUUGCACUUCCGUGAUAUCUUCAGGUUUGACCCAGUUCACCAUCAUUGGACAAUGGUUAAGGUGAAAGGCAAAGGACCAUGUCCUCGUCGGAGACAAUGUUGCUGUGUGAUUGGCUCUAGAGUAUUUCUGUUUGGUGGCACAAGCCCUACCAAUCCACAAAAUGAAGCUAAUGAAGAAAAUGAUAUGGAUCUCUAUGACCAUUCAGAUCUUCACGUUUUGGAUUUUGCUCCAACUUUGAAGAUGUUGUGUGAGUUAGUUGUUUUGGAACAUAAUUUGGAUACAAGUCUGUUACCAUUAGAUAUAAGGUGGGAACUGCGCGUCAUGACAACCAACAAUGUGAUUACAAAGCCAAGCAACUCAACAGGCUAAGAACUCUACUUAACAGAAAGAAAGAAAAAAAGAAAGAAAAACCAAAAUAGCAGGUGGAUUUUCUCUCCAAGCAGUGGACAUUGGAAUUUUGGAAACAGCUGUAAUUGUUUUAUUUGUAUUUUUUUAACUUUUUUUUUUAAUGCUGUUGAGGAACUGAUCAAAUCUCUUGCCACAGUGAAGGAAUUUUGGAAGAAGGUAACAAUAAAAAGAAAACCGAAACAAUAUGGUAAAUAUGGUAAAUACUUGGAAAAAAAUAGGAAGAAACAUGGAGUAGGGAAACGAUGGGAGGCAAUGCUGGAUAUUAAGAAAAGACUUGUGAAUUUGAUGGAAGAAAAAAAAAAGUUUCAGAUAAAGAAAUAACAACAACAAAGCCCAAAUGUAUUUGAAAGAGUUGACUUGUAAAUUUGUUAGAGAUGUAGAACUAUUAUUGUGGCAGUUUGGUUUAGGGUGCCAUUUUAAUGUGAAGGGGCAGGGACUGAACUCUGAAAUCACACAAAUAUAUACUUGCAUGCACAACAUGUGUGCAUUCACAUGUAUGCAUGCACAUGUGCACUCUCUCUUUCUCUCUCUCUCACACACAUACACUCAAACACAUAAACAUUACAUACACACACAUUUCACACACACAUGCACACACACACACACGUGUGUAUGUGUGUGUGUGUGCAAAUUGUUUCCAUCAGAUUUGAGGCGUGAUUAAUUUAAAACAUAUGCAGACCUACCCCUUUCUUCUGUCUCUACAUGUUUGUCUACAUGCAAUUGUAUGUCUAUAUACAUGUGAGAGAGAAAGAGAGAGAGAGUGAGAGACAAAGGGAAUGUAUGUGUGUGUGUAUAAUAUAUAUGUGUGUGUGAAUGUAUGUAUAUAUAUAUAUAUAUAUAUAUAUAUAUAUAUAUAUAUAUUUUAAAGCAUAUAAGAAAGCUUUUAUGUGUACAUUCUUAUGCAUCUGUAUACACAUGCUUGCAUGUUCACAUAGACUUGCUUGUAUUUAUUAGCUAUUCCAGCUAAAGGUGUGUGAGUGAGUGAGUGAAAGGGGAAACGAGGUUUGAUUUAAUACACUGUGAUAAAUGCUAAAGCACAACUGAACACAAAGCUCCUUCAUCUCUAUGCUCCUGAUUUUUCUGCUAGAGUGCUUCUAACGAGAGCAGUCUUUUGUUUCUCCAUUUCAGCUUGGUUUCUUAUGCUUUUAAGAUUUCAGUUUUAACUAAUGGCUUCUUUCAUCCCUUAUAAGUCUACUCUAUUCCCUUUCGACUAGCUUAGCUUCUCUCCUAACAUUUUACUUGUCUUUCCCUUAUUCUUUCCCAUACUCUAUUUCCUCUCCCUUCUUGUCUGCCUCUCUUUCUCUCUCUUGACUUUUUAUUCUUGACCCCUCCCCUCUGUAUUCUACAUUGCAGAAGAAGAAACACUUCUGUAGAUAAUUUUGGUUGACUUUAGAUGUUUGUAGUUCAGUGGUUUAGGUCAAAAGUUACUUCUGUAUGUCAAGGUAAUUCAUCUAACCUAAACUGUUUCAGUAAUUCACAACAAUAGAUCAUCAAUUGGUCAAAUAUAGACCAUUGAUAUCAACUGGUCAAAUAA